ACUUUCCUCCAAACUUCUCAAGAUAUUUUUAUUUCAUUCCCUAAAAAGAAAAAGAUAUUUAUUUCAUCACACAUCACACAUUAACCAAACCUCUUCCAACUCUCCUUAUAAUCCCAACCUCUUCUAAGUUCUACCAUAAUAUUUUUAAUUUCAUGUUAUUAUUAUUAUUAUUACCAUUUAUUUCUCAAAAAAAUAUCUUUUUAUAACACAAACCCAAUUCCUUCACCACAAUGAACUCUACGGUGCAAAUACCGGGCAGUAAAACGACGUCAUUUUGGACUAACGAAAAGCACGUGAACUACCUCAACACCAUGGAAGCUUCUUUCGUUCGUACGAUGUUAGAAAACAAAGGUAAUUGUUCUUUCAAUCACAACCGUCAAAUUCUCCGACUCGAUCGUAAUCUUCCUGAUAGCUCUGAAUCAACUCUUGAUUUGAAAUCUCAACAUCGACGACGCACCAGAACACACCAUACACCCGCAGAUUUGAUGGAUCGAACAACGAGAAUAAAGAGAAGGAGACAAUCUCAGCCGUUAAAUUCAUCACAUGAUCAGGUGGUUCCAGAAACAGAAAACGAAAGCAAAGGUGCAGCUUAUAACGGCGAAGGUGACAAAGAAGUGCAAAAUUAAUGUUUAAUUUACCUCUUCUAUUUACCAUCAAGAUAUCAACACAUACCAAAACGCAAAAGAUUCACUUCUUUUUUUUUUUUUUCAAUUUUUUUUUCAUUAGGUAGUUUAUUUUAACCAUUCUAUUUGUCUUUGUAUUUAACAUAUUUUUUUUCUCUUGAAAUAGUUCAUUUCCAUUUUAACUUUUUCCCAAAGUUUGUUGUUUCAUUUAUAAUGGUAUUUCCUUUAA